UAGCUGCCUGAGAGAAAAUCCGCAAAUGUCAGCAGCGGCGUCGUUUCUGUCCUUCAAUGCUGGACUUCCUCACAUGCCAAGUUUGUGCGUGUCAGAGCCGGAGUCUGCUCGGUGUCCGUAUUUGAAUGCUGCUGUUAGAUCCGUGUCUUUGUUCGGUGUUUUCCCGGUGUGAAGUGCGGACAUGGAGUGUCGUGUGUUGUCCAUUCAGAGUCAUGUUGUCAGGGGAUACGUGGGGAACAAGUCUGCAACAUUUCCUCUGCAGGUCCUGGGCUUUGAAGUGGACUCCAUCAACUCUGUGCAGUUCUCCAACCACACAGGAUAUGCCCACUGGAAGGGACAAGUACUGACAGCAGAGGAGCUCAACGUGCUCUAUGAGGGAAUCAAACUCAACAAAGUCAACCACUAUGACUACAUCCUGACAGGGUACAGCAGAGACACAUCUUUCUUGGAGAUGGUGGUCGAUAUAAUUCAGGAGCUGAAGAAGGCCAACCCCAGUUUGGUUUACGUGUGCGACCCCGUUAUGGGAGACCAUGGUGCUAUGUACGUCCCAGAGGACCUGCUGCCGGUCUACAGGGACAGAGUUGUGCCUUUGGCUGAUAUCCUCACCCCCAACCAGUUUGAAGCAGAACUUUUAACUGGGAGGAAAAUCACGACAGAGGAAGAUGCUGUAGAGGUGAUGGACUUGCUUCAUCAAAUGGGUCCAGAGACCGUGGUCCUGACCAGCACAGACCUGCCUUCAAAACACGGGGACCAGUUCUUGGUGGCCCUUGGAAGCCAAAAAACAGUGAAACCAGAUGGGACCAAUGCCACUCAGAAAAUCUGCAUGGACAUCCCCAAAGUGGACGCUGUGUUUGUGGGCACUGGAGACCUGUUUGCUGCCAUGCUGUUAGCCUGGACUCACCAUCACCCCCGAGACUUAAAGGCCGCCUGUGAAAGGACUGUCUCAGUCAUGCACCACGUCAUUAAGAGGACCAUUAAUUAUGCCAAUGAGAUGGCUGGCCCUGGGAAAAGACCCAGCCCUGCACAGCUGGAGCUGAGGAUGGUUCAGAGUAAGGCUGACAUCGAGAAUCCUGCCAUAGUCGUGGAAGCUCGAGUUUUACACCAGUCCUCCCACUGACGGCGCAUUUGUCAACACUCACAUCAUGUCGGUACAAAACUGUAGGAAACUCACCGGAUAUGUAGGAUCUUCACGUCAAAGACUUUCCCAUGUGUUUGCCUUAUAGAACCUCUGAAUGAGUACAAGUGUAUUUGAUGAGGUGGAUGGGCAGUAUUUCAUGUAUCUGCACCCAAACACAAGGGGAUCACUGCCAUCUGUAUCUGUGAUGUGGCCUGUGUAGACGUCAUCUGCCCAUCGGUCUAAACAACACGAUUAGGAAUUAGAUCAACUAUGCUGUAGGUCAACAAAAACCCUACCUUACUGCUAUUAGAAUAACUUCGUACUAUGAUAAACUCAUCUUUAAUCUGAGUAGAUGAUUUGUAAAACCAUGCAUGACCAAGUCUCUACUUGUUUUGACUGAGGGAGCACAAAUAACAUGUACUUGACAGUAUUUUGUUCACAAGGUCACAUUAUAAGUACAUCAGUACUGAAAUAUGAUCAAUUUGAAAAGAAUAAGACAAGAAGAAGUACAUAACGAUGUCAGAUUCAUAGCAGAUUUUAUUGCAUUUUGGAUUAUUUUUUAAUAAAACGGUAUAAAAUCCAAAUAAAGUGCUUAUAGUGAACUUGGGUAUUCCUAAAGUUAAAAGUCACCACCUUGGACGUGCAGGCUGGAUAUGUUAUAAGUGCUGAGAUGAGAAUUGUUUAAUUACUAAAACAUUUUAAUUUAUUAGUGCAGAGAAUAUGUAAAAUAGUAAUAAUGCCUUCACACUUUUGUAACCCUAAUUCAUGUCCUUUUUUUGUUUCAGAUAUAUCCUAUCUUUAAUAAUUAAUCAUAAUAAUACUUUAUGUAUUGUUGUUUUAAUCUUUUUUCUCAAAAUGUUUUUCACCUCUUUUUUAUUAAAAUUAUGCAACUGUAUCUUGAACUAGCAGAUGUAUAUCAUGUUAGAUCCAUGUCUUAAACAUCUCAAAUUGAGGUAUUUGCACAAAUAAUCUUUACUAUAUUUACUAAUGGAUUGCUUUAUUUUUGACUCUUGUCAUAUAUCUCAAGGAAAGGCCUAGUAGGACAGACUCUGCUGUAUAAAAGCCUUCAAGGGCUUCGGGAGAAUUCAACCAAUAACAUUGGUCGUGAAUGUUUUUGUGAACCAGUGUAAUAGCUGAUGUUCGGUAGUGGUAGGAAGUCAAGUGCCAACCCUUGAGCUGCUGCUCUGAUCUAGAGGAAUUAAUGAACACAGAAAAUAAAGGAUUAAUCUUUUACUGAAA